AUUUCAUUGCAAGGAAGACUUUAAUAUAUACCUCCCAGCGUCUUAUCUCUAAGAUGCCGGACUGAUCGAGCAUUACCAUGCGUAUAUCCUCCUAAGAGUACUCGUCUGGACUUGGCUCUCUAACCCAUUGCAACUAAUGCUCAGGUUUUCCUCUUUCGAGAUUACAUCCAAGAUGCAAAUCCAUGCCAUGGUUAAGUUUAUUGAGGAGGCAUGUGCUUAUGGAAAAUGAGUAAAUCCUAAGUUUCUACCUUUUAAAGUUUUCAAAAUGGAAAGAAGUCAAAGUGGGAAUGUGGAUGAAGAUGAAAAUCCGAGGAGGAUACACAUACAAGACAAGACUUCAUACUGUGGUUUUAGAUAGUGAUUCUCUUUGAAGACCUUUCCAAAUGGAUGUAAACGGACUGCAGAAAGCGCAAGAGGCCCUAGAUGCUGAAAUCAAAUCAUUUUUUAAUUCAGCUCCCCCUUUGAGGAAUAUUGAGGAUAUCGGCAAAGAUUUAAGAAAAUUUGUUGAAUUUAAUUCACCACAAGCUGGAAAUCAAAGUGCCAGGAAAGUUGUUUGUGUGACAUCUGGUGGCACCACAGUUCCUUUAGAGCAAAGAUGUGUUCGCUAUAUAGAUAACUUCAGCUCAGGUCACAGAGGUGCAGCAUCCACAGAGUACUUUCUGAAGGCUGGAUAUUCUGUUAUCUUCUUAUACCGAAAGGGAACCCGUCAACCAUAUUGCAGUUUGCUCCCUGAUGAUCCAUUUCUGGAGUGUCUUGAGUUCACUCAGGAGUCGGGUAUACAAGCGCGCCAGCCUUAUUCGGAAGCAGUUAAGAAUGCAAUCAGUGAGCAUCAUGCUGCAAUAGCAAAUGGCACACUUCUGAAACUUCCUUUUACAACGAUUUUUGAGUAUCUUCAGAUGUUGCACCUGGUUGCAAUAUCAAUGAGGAGUGUUGGACCCCAUGCACUCUUUUAUCUUGCUGCAGCUGUCUCUGACUUUUACGUUCCAUGGGAGAGCAUGGCAGAGCACAAGAUUCAGUCAGGAUCAGGGCCUUUAGACAUGCGACUUGUUCAGGUGCCAAAGAUGCUAUCAGGGCUGAGGAGUGAGUGGGCUCCAAUGGCGUACUGUAUAUCCUUCAAGCUAGAGACUGACGUAAAAAUCCUCUUGGAGAAGGCAGAUGCAGCUCUGAGAAAGUACAAGAUGCAUAUGGUCAUUGCAAAUGAACUUUUGACUCGGAAAGAGGAGGUGACUCUUGUCACCACAAAUGAAAAGAUUCAUGUUCGGCGUGACCCGAAACUGGUUGGCGACAACGUAGAGGAACAUAUUGUCAAACAUAUUGUCAAGAAGCAUUCUGCUUACGUGGAUAAUUUCGACCACAAAGUCUCAAGGGCCAGUGGAUCAUAGGAGUAAUCGAUUACAAAAUUGAAAGUCCCUUAUCUUUCGGUUAUACUUCCCUUGCCUGGUUUACAUGGUUCUGCUCUUGGCGUCGAAGAGCAAAUCUUCCUCCUGAAUUAUUUAAGUUUGACGAACGUGAAGCUUUACAUAGAUGCAAUUGUUCUAAUUUUACAGAUUGUUUUGUUCCUCAAUUUCUCAUGUAAAAGCUUGUUAUUUCACUGAUUAGUGAAAGUUAAAGCAGCGGCUUUUAGAGGCAUGGAAUACAGAGUUGCGUUAAUAAAAUCAUGUCCCUUGUGUCCUUUUCUGUUACUUUUUGUAAUAGCAAACUUAGCUGGUUGGAUAUUCCAUUUGAGUUUAAUUAGAUACCCAACUUCUUUCCUAUCUAUUUUCAGUUAA